CUCUUUUCAAAAGGGUGUAUAUUUUUUGUCUUUAUUAAUUUUGUUAGUUUCAUCGAAAACGAAAAACAAGAAACGAGGAAAGAAGCCCUAAGUGCAGUUUCUUGUUAUCUCCACUUGUUUCUUGGUUUCAUAAAAACAAUUUUCACUCAUCCCCGAAACCGUAAACCAAAUUAUUAAAAAAAAUAAAAAAUAAAAAUUCUAAUACAUUUCAAUUAUGAUGACUCCACCCCCUACGGAAUCGCAAGACACCGUUCCGUCGAAGUGGGACCCACAGGUCAUCGUUUUAGUCGGGCUCGUCUGCAGCAUAUUCCUUCUGUUCAGUUACUACAAGAUCCUCGAACGAAACUGCGCAAUAAUAAACCUAUCACGUAAUUCAGAACAAAGGAGGCGAAUAAACGAGCAUCUCGAGGAAUAUUCCUCCCAGUUCCACAGCAUGGCGCUCGAUUCCCACAUCAUGCACUCGCUCCCCAUCACUCAGAUCGAGAAAAAAAUCGACAAAAAUAAUAAUAAUAGUAGUGCGGCAGAGUGUGCAGUGUGUUUGGGUGAAUUCGAAGAAGGGGAAUGGGUGAAACAUCUGCCGAAUUGCGCACAUGUUUUCCACGUUUCGUGUAUCGAUACUUGGUUCCAGACGCAUGCCAGCUGUCCUCUUUGCAGAUCUUACGUGUGCGAUCGAACCAAUGAUGGCACACCACCUCAUGGAUCUUCGAUAAACGUGCAUUCGUAUUUGGAAACGCUGAACAGGGAAGAUUUUCAUCGAGGAAAUUCGCAACACUUCCAAAUUAUUCGAACUCAAGUACUACUAUAAGGUAAUCCUAUAUGUAUAUGUAUAUACAUACACAUUUCAGCAAAUAUAACUAUUGCAAUUCAUUUUGUAUAAACUUCUUUACAUGAUGUUACCGAAUUUGAAACAUGAGUAAUAUUUUCACAAUGUAAGAAUAAAUA